AUGGCGUGGCUCAAUGAUGGCCUGCCAGGCCUAAACCCUCUCGCCAGAAGGGACUCUAGUACUGAUGCCGCUCCGACGAGUUUGUCGGGCUUCCUCUCGACUCUCAUCCCGGCCCUGAUCGUCGCAGGUGCCAUGGUGCUCGCCUUUAUCAUUCUCCGUCGCAGAUAUCUCCGCAACUAUAUGCCUCGUACUUAUAUGCCAACUUUACGCGACUAUGAGCGAACCCCAGCUUCCCCCACGGGUCUUUUCAACUGGAUCACCUCCAUGUAUACAUUGCCCGACACCUAUGUCCUGCAGCACCACUCUCUGGACGCAUAUUUGUUGUUGCGCUACAUGAAACUGCUCGUAGUAAUGUGCUUCGUUGGCUGCUGCAUCACUUGGCCCAUCUUGUUUCCCAUCAACGCUACUGGCGGCGGAACCGGCGAGCAAUUUAAUAUUCUGGCAAUGGCAAAUGUUAAAAACAAAGCGAGAUACUUUGCUCACGCAUUUGUUGCUUGGAUCUUCUUUGGCUUCGUUUUCUACCUCGUUACGCGCGAGAGUAUUUUCUACAUCAAUCUGCGCCAAGCUUAUGCCUUCUCUCCAGCCUACGCCAAUCGCCUUUCAUCACGAACUGUCAUGUUCUCGUCUGUUCCCAAGGACUACCUUGACGAGCAAAAACUUCGUCGCAUGUUUGGUAUCGAGCGUGUGAAGAAUGUUUGGCUUGCAACCGAUACUAGUGACCUUGACCAAAAAGUCAGUGACAGAGACGGUGCUGCCAUGAAACUGGAGGCCGCUGAGACCAAAUUGAUUAAAUUGGCCAAUGCCGUGCGUCUUAAGGCAUUGAAAAAGGGUGCCAGUGCAGAAGACGAGCAAUUGGGAACCCCUACUUCUGAUUCCGAGUCUGGUUCUGUCGCAGCGCGGUGGGUGAGAGCCAAGGACCGCCCAACUCAUCGCUUGAAGUUUUUGAUCGGAAAGAAGGUCGACACUAUCAAUUGGGCCCGUUCUGAAAUUGAGCGUCUCAACCCAGAGAUUGAGGAAGAGCAGGCCAAGCACCGUGCCGGUGACGCCAAAAAGGUAUCGGCUGUCUUUGUUGAGUUCUACAAUCAGAAUGAUGCUCAAGACGCAUAUCAAUCCGUCGCUCACAACGCUCCCCUCCACAUGGCUCCUCGGUACAUUGGCGUCGACCCAACCCAAGUCAUCUGGUCAAACCUUCGUAUUAUGUGGUGGGAGCGCGUUAUUCGAAACUUCGCUACCAUUGCGUUUAUCUGUGCUCUGAUUAUUUUCUGGGCUAUUCCGGUUGCCUUUGUUGGUUCCAUCUCCAAUAUCGACAGCCUUAUCCAGAAGCUUCCAUGGCUGCAUUUCAUUUUGAGCGUCCCAACUUUUAUCCGUGGUGUCAUCACUGGUUUGCUGCCAUCUGUGCUACUGUCUGUUCUUAUGGCUCUGCUGCCUAUCAUAAUUCGCUUGUGUGCCAAACUCGGUGGUUGCCCGACUGCGGCUGCUGUAGAGCUAUGGACUCAAAAUGCCUAUUUUGGCUUCCAGGUUGUGCAAGUAUUCUUAGUCACAACUAUCUCUUCUGCUGCUUCUGCUGUCGUUGAGGAUAUCAUUGAUGAUCCUACAUCGGCAGCGAGCUUGUUAGCCUCCAAUCUACCCUCGGCCGCAAAUUUCUACGUUUCCUACAUCGUCCUCCAAGGCUUGACAUUUACAGCGGGUGGACUGCUCGGAAUUACAGGUCUCAUUCUUGGCAAAGUUCUGGGCAAAUUGCUUGAUUCAACUCCCCGUAAGAUGUACUCGCGGUGGGCGAAUCUGUCCGGUCUAAGCUGGGGCACCGUGCUACCUCCGAUGUCUCUUCUGGGUCUCAUUGCCAUUGUCUACUCAAUCAUUGCUCCUCUCAUCCUGGGCUUCGCCACAGUUGGUCUUUACCUUUUCUACUUUGCUUUCAGAUACCAGUUGCUUUAUGUAUCGAACGCCAAUAUCGACACUCAAGGAAGGAUCUAUGCUCGUGCUCUUCAGCACCUGCUUGUGGGCUGCUACAUUGGAAUUGUUUGCCUGAUUGGACUGUUUGCAAUUGCCGCUGCUGAUCAGCCGAUUGGCACUGGACCAUUGGUCUUGAUGAUCAUUUUCCUGGUCUUCGCUGUCUUGUACCAUGUGUCUCUCAACGCGGCGCUGGAUCCUUUGCUUAACUAUCUUCCAAAGAAUCUGGAAGCUGAAGAGGAGGCACUCUUGGCUGAAGGCCGCAACAAGCUCGGACCCGCCAUUACGGAAGGUUCUGACGAGGUUGGCGGCACAUCGGCGAAGAACGGUGAUAAUGGUUAUCAUGACGGCAUUGAUAGCGUCGAAAAGGGCAAUCCUAGUCCUGCUGCGUUGCCUGCUCCACACAAGAAACCCAAUUUCUUGGUUAAAUUUCUCCGUCCAGACAAAUAUGCUGACUACGCGACGAUGCGCCGGCUCGUGCCUGAUCAUAUUGAGCCUCCUACAUAUUCUCCGGAAGUUGAGCGUGAUGCGUACUACCAUCCUUCGAUCACUUCGACAGUACCAUUGCUCUGGAUCCCUCAUGACGAAAUUGGUGUAAGCAAGCAAGAAAUUGAGCACACUGGUCGUGUCAUUCCCAUUUCGGAUGAGGACUCUUGGAUUGAUGACAAGGGCAACCUGCAGUGGAACAUUACCCGCGGCCAGCCCCCGAUCUAUCAAGAAAAGGUCUACUACUAA